CCUCGACGCAGCAUCUCGACCUCCUCCGUACAACACUCGAGUCUCCUAACCUCAUCCCCCAUGUCCCAUUCUCAUUGUUUAAAACAUACAGCUGUCAAUACGGUAAUCACAACGGAAAACAGACAGUCCCGUCCUCCGACACAUCUUCUGUUCGGUCCGUUCUUUCGUCGCCUCCUCCCGCCCAUCCGCCGACCAUGCAGGGCUUCAAUAUGGGCCGUUACGUCCCCCCGGACCUGGAGGGGACGACGACAGGCAACAAACUCCAUUCCAAACUACCACCGGGCCGCCGCGCCUCCAAGCCGGGCACGCAAACCGUCCGCUUCGAGAUGCCCUUCGCCGUCUGGUGCGACCACUGCCCGAAACCCACCCUGAUCGGCCAAGGCGUGCGCUUCAACGCCGAGAAGCGCCGCGCAGGGAACUACUACACCACCCCCAUCUGGUCCUUCCGCAUCCGACACGCCGACUGCGGCGGCGACCUCGAGCUGCGCACCGAUCCGCAGAACACAGCCUACAUUGUCGCCUCGGGCGGUCGGAAACGCGACGACGGGACCUCGCGAGAACAACAGCAACAACAAGAAGGACCUCUCGUCAUCCUCACCGAUUCUGAGCGCGAGGCUCUACGCAAGAGCGCCUUCGCGAGUCUGGAACGCACCAUCGAGGACCGCGAGGCCCUGCGCGCCACCUCCGAACGCAUAGACCAGCUCGCCGACGUGUCGUACCGCCAGUGGGAUGACCCUUACGAGCGGAACCGUGCCUUGCGAAGGGCCUUUCGUGUCGGUCGCAAGCAGCGCGAGAAGCAAACACUGGCCGACGAUGCCCUUCGCGACCGGAUCGGAGCAAGCAUAGAACUGCUCCCUGCCACUGAGGAGGACGCGAGGAGGGCUGCGCUGGUCGACUUUGGGGCGGUACCAGAAGACGAAGAGGAGGAGAAGGAGGAUGAGAGGGAGGGGGCGGAGGGGGCGGAGGAGGAGGAAGAAGAGAAGGAACAAGAGAGAGUCGCGAAGAAAGAAGUCACCGUCAGGAACCGCCGGCCGCACAAGGCCCUGGCGAAACCUCUGUUCGCCACAACCGCCAACGGCUCGUCAUCUCGAGGAAUCAGCAUGACUUCUACAAUGCUGCCGCAAGGGACCCCCAAGGCCGAGGUGCUGGCUGCGCAACGGCGCCGGGGCUUCGUCUCCGAGGUAGUGAACAACACCCGUGCCGCUCACGACCCAUUUCUACUGGACAAUAGACCCCCUGGCUCCGCAUCGGGACGAGCCCUUGUUCGGAUUCCAGGGGUCAAGCGGAAGCGAGCCAUUGACGAGGGAGCCGACAACGAGCUGGUGAUGAGGGCAAACAACAACAUAUCGAGUGGUGUGCCUGAUAAGCCACCUGAUCCAGCAACACAGACAUCCGCGCCCAAAACUGCUUUGAUUAGCUAUGGGUCCGACUCGGAUUGACUACCCUUUCUUUUUUCUCUGUUUUGUUUCGGCAGGUGUUAGGCGUUUCGUUGGGAGGCCAUCUACUUGGAGCAAUCUCUGGCCACAAGGUAAUGGACAUACGGAUAGAACUAGACGAUACCCCGCUGCUUCAGCUGCAGGCGUGUAAUACACAUGGCAUU